UUGCUUCAGUCUGGUCCUCUAGGAUCUCCAGGCUGCACUGUUAGUGUGUAAACUGACUGGAUAUUCUGCGCUGUGAUUGUGUGUUCGGACUGGUCAGUGUGCGCUGUGAGAGUGUGUUCUGAUUGGACAACGCGGACACCUCUGUAACUUAUCGACAGGUGCAGUGUGUAUUGCAUCCGAGGAGAUAUCUUGUGGGAUUUUUCCUCUACGGAGAGAUCCGGUGUGAUUCAGUGAGAUCCGGUGUGGCGUGCGGUUGCUGUGUGAUGCAGUGUGACAGCUGGCCUGCUGGGAUGGGGUUCGUUUGCCUGCUCGUGGCGAGCCUCAUGGUCCGAGGUCACCUGGCGCUCACCGUGGGUGAGUGCGGAUCUCAAGCCAGACGGCCAGAGUACACCGACAUCACAGUGGUGUGUAGGACCAGCUCCAUUGAACUGGCCAUCCAGGUGUGCCCUGUCAUCUAUACUGGCUACAAUGAGAGCCUCCUGAUCCUCAACUACAUCACAGACCAGAGCGGCUGCCGUGGCACCCUGGACAAGUCGGUCACGCCGCCCGUGGUGCGCUUCACCUUCCCGCUGAGACAAGCAGACGCCUGUGGCAGCAUCUUCCUGACGACCAGCAAUCCCGGGACAGGUGUGUUUGCAGACUUCUCCAACAUCCAGACGGUCAACAUCAGCGGGGUCGUCCGCUCGUACGACCCCACUGUUGGUAUGGUGACCUACAAUGCUGAGUUGAAGUACCUGUAUUCUUGCUCAUACCCACUGGAAUACUUCAUCAACAACACCCAAGUGGGAGUGUCUUCAUCAUCCAUAGCAGUGAAGGACAACAAUGGCAGUUUCAUCAGCACCCUGAGGAUGCAGCUGUUUAGUGAUCAAAACUACACCACCCCUCUAAUCAUCCCACCCCUGGGCAUAGAGUUGAGGACAGACAUCUUCGUGCAGGUCAUCGCUGCAAACCUGACAUCCCAGUACCAUGUGCUUCUGGACCGUUGCUAUGCCUCCAUAUUACCCCAGCCCUCCAACUCCACCUUCUUCAACCUCUUUGUGUCGUGCUCCGUGGACCAGAUGACCACCAUGUUGGAGAAUGGGGACAGCCAGAAGGCUCGGUUCUCCUUCCCUGCGUUCCGCUUCACAGAACAGCAGAACCAGACCAUCUCCACCUACUACCUGCACUGCAUCACCAGGCUCUGUGAGAUCAGCACCUGCAGCCAGUUUAAGGUAUGUAACAACCCCAGUGGGCGGCGGCGGCGGGAUGCUGAGAUCACCAACAUCCAGGAAGGCCUGUCUGGCCCCACCCUCAUCACCUCCGUCCCCAUCAGGACCCAGAGUGACACCCCUCUGACCUCUAAAGAGGAGGCAAUAAGUAAGUCAUCUAAUUCAGGUGACUUGAUCGCGUCGGUGGGUCUUGGCAUCGCGGUGGGCGUUCUGAUCCUCGUCGGAGUCAUCGCUGUUCUUCUAGCGUUGACCUUCUACCGGAGGCUCCGCCGGCUACGCUAACCGCUAACCAGCAGUCUCCUCACAACCGCACCAUAGGCUACGUUGAAAUGUGUAAGGCAGGUGGAUAAAGAAGAAGUCUGUCUCCAUACAAACAAAUCCAUGACCUCUGACAGACAUUUUCUGCUUUUUGCAUCACAUAAAUAUAAGCAUAGAUGAUGAACAAGAAAAAAACGGUCUGAAAAAAUAUUUAAAAAAUGUUGAAUGCUGUUAAUUGCUAAACACUACACCUUUAGCCUUCUGUUUCUGCUGGACUGGAGUUGCCUUGCCACCCAGGUAGCGGUAACCCAGAAAUUACCCUGAGUUGUUAUGGGUCGGUUUGGCCCAGUCUUGCCCCAGACUCAGCUGCUGCCUCUGCAGGGUCGGUUCGCCCAUGAGAGUGCAAGCACAGCUGUUCCACACACACACACACACACACACACACGGAGGAGGGGUGUAGCUUACUGUAGCUUGAUUAUGCAUGUAAGUAGAUCAAAGAGCAUCUGUGGUGAACUGACACAGGUGAUAACUGACUUAUAGCCACUUGUAGCCAAGUCAUUUUCUUAUAGUGAACAUUAUAAAUAUAACGUUCAAAUAUUAUACAGCCCAACUGUUGUGUCAAGCCAUUUCCAUGGGCAGUCUAUAUAACAAAAUUAAAUUAAUUAGUGACUUUUCUGUUACCAGUCAGUGUUAGAUAUUCAUUAUCAAAUACUGAAAGAUGGUCUUACAGAACAUAGCACUUAGGUGUCUUAAGAGACAAUAAUAAUGCAACAGGAAGCACUAUGCAGAUGAUUUUCCCCACCUGCUCCUUGAGCGCCCCAUUCACUCACCGACGGGCCUGUGAAGCUCUUAAGCAGUUCCUGUUGAUGGGAGCCUGCGGUGCGGGGGAAGGUGUGAUGAACAGGGCUUAGGGCUGCUUAAUGGUUUGUCAAGGGUUGGGCUUUUUUUUUUUUUUUUUAAGAACUAGCCUUAAUGGCAUUAAUUUGUGUACUUUUUCAUUCACAUGGAGUAUAACUAUUAAAGCAUCAUGG